CCGCAGUCUCUGGUCAUCUCCUGUACUAUGUCCGCAGUCUCUGGUCAUCUCCUGUACUAUGUCCGCAGUCUCUGGUCAUCUCCUGUACCGUGUCCGCAGUCUCUGGUCAUCUCCUGUACUGUGUCUGCAGUCUCUGGUCAUCUCCUGUACUAUGUCCGCAGUCUCUGGUCAUCUCCUGUACUGUGUCUGCAGUCUCUGGUCAUCUCCUGUACUGUGUCUGCAGUCUCUGGUCAUCUCCUGUACUGUGUCUGCAGUCUCUGGUCAUCUCCUGUACUAUGUCCGCAGUCUCUGGCUAUUUUUUUUUUUUUCUGGCACUAGAUGUCCUUAGUCUACGAGCCAG